AUGGCGAAAACUACUUGGUUCGACGUGCUUCAGCAGCACAUCAAAAUCGACAUUGAUUGCUUGGACACGGCCGAGACCAAAGUCCUCCUCCCCUUUGUCCCCUUUGACCAGACGAGCAACCAGCGACUCGUGUACGUGCAAAUGGUCGACCCCGAGAACCGCGAUCUGUUUCUGCGGACCGUCAAGGAGCGCAAAGACGACGGCUGGCAGUCUAUCCUCGACUGCAUGAGCGUCCGGCUAUGUGCUCUCAACAAGGACAAGAUUCAGGGCCGCUUCCUCCUGCAGACAUCGCCCUUUGCCGCCUACGACGAGGCCAGGACGCUCGCCCACGCCCGCUCCUACGCGCGCGAGUUUGCCGCCGCGGGCAUCUCCCCCGGCCACUUCUGCAUCAAGAUCCCGUCGACCGGCCCCGCGCUCAACGCCGGCCGCACGCUGCUCAAGGAGGGCAUCCGCACGCUCGGCACGUCGUUGUUUAGCGUCCCACAGGCCAUUGCCGCCAGCCAGGCGGGCUGCCUCUCCAUCAGUCCUUACUACAACUUCUCGUGGUACCAUGCGGACCGCACGCAGUGGCCUGAUGUCCAGGACCCGGCCCUGCAGCAUCCCAUGUCGCCGCGCAUCGUCCAGAUCCUGCGCGCGUACAAGACGCUCGACGAGACGACCGGACAGCCGCAGCCCAUGCUGAAGAUGGCGAGCUUCCUCUCCGCCAGAGAGGCCAUGGCCAUGGCGGAGCUGGGCUGCGCGCACGCCACCAUUCCCGAAAACAUCCUCGCCGAGCUCAUGGCGCUGGACGUCGAGACGAACCCGCCUCCACCAUAUGAGAGCGCGGCGCCUGGUGUGCCAGCCGCGCGACUGGCGCAUCUCGUGGUGACGGAUCCGUUGGCUGGCGAGGGCUGGGAUGGGAAGGUAGCGGUGGCCGUGGAUGUCGAUUAUCUGGCGGAUGGUGGUGAGGCGCUGCAGCAGGCGAUUGAGGCGGAUCCAAUGACGAAGAGGGGUCUGAAGGAAGCGUUGGAGAUGUUCAAGGAGUGCGAAUUGCAGAGCCGUGCGGCAAUUGAGGAGGCGCUGAAGCAAAUCUAG